AUGGAUCAGGUAAUGGGGUUUGCUGAGCCAAGUGGGCAGUUUGUGAAGGACUCAAUUAGGCUGGUUAAAAAAUGUACCAAACCUGAUAGGAAAGAAUUCCAGAACAUUGGCAUGGCAAUAGCAAUAGGAUUUGUUAUACUGGGAUUCACUGGCUUGUGUGUGAAAUUGAUCCCUAUCCCUAUUAAUAACAUCAUUGUUGGUGGCUGA